CCAUGAGAGACAUGUCAAUGUCAAACCCGCUUGUCUAGAAAGUGUGCAAUGUUUUCAGAAUCUCUGCUCCACUGUACAAGAUGUACUUGAGGAUUCUCUUCAGACUUCACAUCAGCAGUCCCCGACUUCACCCGUCAUGGCGAUACAGCAGUUCCUGGAGCAGCAGCAACGUCCGCGGCGCCUUCAUCUCCUACUUCAAAGACAACCACGACCACGUCCAUGUCCCCUCCUCCUCCGUCAUCCCAAACAAGAAACAAGGCACCUACUUCACGAACGCUGGCAUGAUGCAGUUCAAGCCGCUGUUCCUCGGCGCCGUGCAGCCAGGGAGUCGACUCGAGGGCCUUCACCGUGCGGUCAACUCACAGAAAUGUAUCCGCGUCGGGGGCAAGCACAACGACCUUGAGGAUGUGGGUCAUGACCUCACCCACCACACGUUCUUUGAGAUGCUAGGAAGCUGGUCAUUUGGAGAUUACUUCAAGCAAGAAUCCUGCCAGAUGGCGCUGGAGCUGUUGACGCAGGUGUACAACCUUCCGUUAGACAGACUGUACUUCACCUACUUCGGAGGAGACGAGCUCUUGGGACUAGCGCCAGAUGUGGAGUGCAGGGACAUGUGGCUGGCACUGGGUGUUCCAGCCAAUCGGGUGCUUCCUUUUGGGAUGAAGGACAACUUCUGGGACAUGGGCGAGACGGGGCCAUGCGGGCCGUGCACUGAGAUACACUUCGACCACGUUGGAAGUCGCACCUCGUCUCACCUCGUCAACGCCGACUCCCCAGAAGUGGUAGAGAUCUGGAACCUGGUCUUCAUGCAAUAUAACAGAAAACAUGACAGAAGUCUGGAGCUGCUUCCGAGUCAGCAUGUUGACACUGGGAUGGGUCUUGAGAGGAUGACGGCUGUGUUACAGGGGUCAAGGUCAAACUAUGACACUGACCUUUUCCAGCCUUUAUUCAGGAGAAUACACAAGGUGACUGGUGCUCCAGCCUAUCAAGGAUUGACCGGCGCGUCUGACCACCAUCGGACUGACCAGGCGUAUCGGAUCUUGGCUGACCAUGCCAGGAUGAUGUCUGUAGCAAUAGCGGACGGUCUGCUGCCAGGCCGAGACGGACUGCAGCAUAAACUUCGCUUGAUAAUUCACCGAGCUAUCAGUGAGUUGGAAGUGACAUUUAGGACCGCAGAGACAGAAAGUGGCAACAUGCUGGGAGAUUUGUCUCAGGACGUCGUGGAAUCACUGGGAGAGACAUACCCUGAGUUGGCCAGGAAGUCCACUAAAAUCAGGGAAGUCCUUCAGCUGGCUGCAGAUCAGUAUCAUCAACUCCAGAAGAAGAUCAAAGCCAAGAAAAUCCAUCAAUCUUCCAGUUCAAAUCAAACACAACUAGAAAAAUCUGAUGGAUUUUACCGCAGAGGGUUCAAAUGUGAGGCAGGUAUGGUGCAAGCGGAACUGUUCCUGCCGAAGUUAGCCGAUCUCCAGGAGAAGGGCGUGGCCAGAACCGAUGACACAUACAAGUACACGGUGUACGCCAGGACAAGUGAGGGCCAUGAUUUCUCUUGCCAGGAUGUUGAGGCCAGGGUGGUCGGCAUCGUGACAGGGGCGGAGCUGUGUGGGCGUGUCUCCAAGGGCCAUGUGUGUGGGGUGGUGCUGGACAGAACCUGCUUCUACUCCGAGUCAGGGGGUCAGGCGGCAGACACUGGCCAUCUCCGGACACAGGAUGGUGUGUUGGAGGUACUCGAUGUACAGGUGCAUGCUGGGUACGUCGUCCACGUCGGCGUGGUUGUGGAAGGGGAGGUCGUUUUGGCACAGUCUGUGCAGAUGGAGCUAGACCAGGUGAGACGUGUAGGGCACAUGUGCAGCCACACCGGGACACACCUCCUGAAUGCGGUGUUGCGGGCAGUGUUGCAGGAGACAAAGCAGCUCGGCUCCGACGUCCAGGACAACAAGUUCUCCUUCGAUUUUGCUUCCGUGGGCACUGUGAGUCCGGAACAAACGGCUGCCAUCGAGAAUCUGGUGCAGCAGCACAUAGUUGAAGGUCACAGUGUGUCGCACCUACAGAUGGAGCUCAACGUUGCCAUGGCGAUGGAGGACCUCACAAUGAUGGAAGAUGAGGACUAUCCCUCCCCUGUUCAAGUGAUUCGGAUUGGUGGAGAAUCCUCGCCCUUGACAUCUCUAGAACUGUGUGGUGGAACUCAUGUGAGCAACACCAGCGACCUGGACGGCUUCUGUGUGGUGAACCUGAAGGGCGUGGCUCAGGGGACCAAGAGAGCCACAUGUGUAACAGGGCAGGUAGCCAGACAGGCCAUCGAGAAGGGUCAGGAGUUGGAGUCAAGGUUGUCACAGCUGGUGUCAGAGGUCAAGUCUGGCGAGAACAUGGAUGCAUGGACGGAGAAGGUCAAGGACAUUAAUACAAGUUUGUCUCAAGACUUGUUGCCCAAGUUGGUGAGGGACCGGGUCCGAGAGCAGCUGGACGUGACAGUCUCAAGGAUCAGGACGGAGCAAAACAAACUCCAGCAGGCCUCCUUACAACAAAUGGUCCUAGGACUCGCCUCAAACAGCUCCGAGGACAUCAUGAUACAGCAUUUCACAUUUGAUGGAAAACUGAUGAUGAAAGCACUCUCUGCUAUCGAGAUCUCCAAGCCGGUAGUUCUUGUCUCUGAUGGUGAACGAACGUCCUAUGCAUUGAUAGCAGCCCCACAAUCAAUGGCUGGAAUCUGUAAAUCGCUAUCCACGUCCUGUCAAGAUGAGUUAGGUGCCUCUUCCGUGACGCAAAGUAAGGCCAAGUGUGGACAGGACAAGGCGGCCAUUUUAUUGACACUGAAAGGCCGAGCAACCGCAGAGAAACUGUACACUGUGUUGAGGGACAUUGUGGAAUCUGGAAGUAGAUAGCCCCCCUGUUACACGCUGUGCUGUAUCAAACAUAGACAUGAAAGCCGAGGGGUCCAUUACACGCAUGUUGAAUGUCCGACCUAAAUGUUGAAUGUCCGACCAUGUUGAACGUCCGACCGACAUGUUGAAUGUCCGACGGACGUGUUGAAUGUACGACGGAAGUGUCGACGGACGUGUUGAAUGUCCGACGGACGUGUUGAAUGUCCGAGAUUUCGAGGUCCCUAGGUUCUGGUGCUACAGGAGAAAACCACAAUAUGGAUUUCUCAGUUAGUGUGUUGUGAUGGAGAAAUCAUAACAAGUGAUCUCUCUGACUUGAAGCAUGUUGUGGUUGAUGAAUACUUUCUCUUAUUUUGCAUAAUGACCUAUAAAGCUAAAAAAAAUAACAGUUUUGGUUCUCAGGCACCGCCCGUAUCAUCAUAAAGUCUGCUGCGCGUUUCGUUUUUAAUUCCAUUUAAAAAAAAUAAAUCCCAAUACUUAAAAACAAUGUGAUACAGAACACAGUUACUUCUCUUAACAUGUGCACUGCUGUACUGUGCAUCUUGUGUUAUGGUCAUGGCGGCAAUAGGAGUUUGUAUGCUUGUUUAUGUAGGGAGGCCCUUUCCCAGGUCGAUGGAGCACAACUGUUUAUUUGGUUACAUGCUUGUUUGAACAAGCGGGAAAAAAAACCCAACACACCCGCCUGCCCCAUAUUUUCAAAAGUCAUUGCCUGAGAACUAAUUCUUAUAUUUUUUUAAGCCUGAUAUUGUCAGUUUUACUUGUUUAAAGUGUACAUUCAGAAUGGCCAAUGGAUUCCUGUUUUAGAACAAAUAGCAAAACAACAGCGUGACGUCACAUCAUAUUAGUUUUUACUAGAUGAUUGAUUGUUGAAGGCCAUACAUUAGUGACAUAUUGAAAUAAUAAUAUUUAACAUCAAUGCCAUGCACUUUUAAAGUUAUCCGAGACUUACUUAUGACAUACGGACUGCAUGAGAUGUGCUCAUGUGCCAAGCCAGUAACCGGGGAUGAUGUCAUAGGUCGUAGAAUUAAAGUCAAACAGCAACUUACAGGUAUAGUCUGUUUGCAAAAUAACCAAUAUAGUGGCUCCUAAUUGCAAAAUUACUCAAAAUCAGGAAUAGUCUAUCAAAUAUCAGUAUCAGUAUCUGUACACGGGAAUAAAUACCCUGUACCCAACAAUAUCUGCUGUUUGUUAGUUUUAUUCCCAUCAGUGAAAAAAGCUGUCUAAGAAACUAUCAUGUUGUUAUGUGUACCAGUUCAUAUCUUGAACAGAGGGGGGCACAACAGUAGAAGGAAUGUCCUCAUUUGGAGCUAAACAGACUGUAUUAAAGUCUUGGUUAACUUUAAAAUUGCACCUCCCUGUUACAUUUACAGAAUUCCGUGAGUUGAAUCAUAUUUUCUCAGUCAAGCAUUCAGAACCCAAGGAGAUCAUAAAAAAUAUUCAGUUUUGUUCUGUUACUGAUGGG